AUGAGGCCAAUCAGCGUGCGGCGUUCUCAGGGGGCGGGGCUAGAGGAUGAUAGUGCUGAUGAUGGAGAGAUGAAAGAGCCAGAGGAGGAGCCAGAGGAGGAGCCAGAGGAGGAGCCAGAGGAGGAGCCAGAGGAGGAGCCAGAGCAGGAGCCAGAGCAGGAGCCAGAGGAGGAGCCAGAGGAGGAGCCAGAGGAGGAGCCAGAGCAGGAGCCAGAGGAGGAGCCAGAGGAGGAGCCAGAGGAGGAGCCAGAGCAGGAGCCAGAGCAGGAGCCAGAGCAGGAGCCAGAGGAGGAGCCAGAGGAGGAGCCAGAGGAGGAGCCAGAGCAGGAGCCAGAGGAGGAGCCAGAGGAGGAGCCCCAGAGGAGGAGCCAGAGGAGGAGCCAGAGCAGGAGCCAGGAGCUGUAG